GUUAGGCAAAUCCGACACGUGCACAGAACAGCUGUGCGCAAUGCCAGUGGGUCCUUGUUUGUGCACAGAGACAGUCCUGAAAACAAUCCAGAUACUCCCUUUGAGUUUACACCUGAAAACCAGAAGCGAAUAGAAGCAAUCAUAAACAACUACCCAGAAGGGCACAAAUCUGGGGCUGUGAUGGCAAUACUAGAUCUGGCCCAAAGACAACAUGGAUGGUUGCCCAUAUCGGCUAUGAACAAGGUUGCUGAAGUUUUAGAAAUGCCUCCCAUGAGAGUGUAUGAAGUAGCAACCUUUUAUACGAUGUAUAAUCGCAAACCAGUCGGGAAAUACCAUAUUCAGGUCUGCACUACCACGCCUUGCAUGCUGAGAGACUCUGAUAGUAUUUUAGAAGCCAUUCAGAAGAAACUUGGUAUAAAAGUUGGGGAAACAACACCUGAUAAGCUCUUCACACUGAUAGAAGUGGAAUGUUUAGGUGCUUGUGUAAAUGCCCCAAUGGUACAAAUAAAUGACAAUUAUUAUGAAGAUUUGACACCUAAAGAUAUUGAAGAGAUAAUUGAUGAACUAAAGGCUGGCAGAGUUCCCAAACCUGGUCCAAGGAGUGGACGUUUUUCUUGUGAGCCAGCUGGUGGCCUGACUUCGCUGACUGAACCACCCAAAGGACCAGGGUUUGGAGUUCGAGCUGACCUCUAAGAAUUUUUUUUUAAUAUAUGAUAAACUCUGAAAAUAAUAAAGCAACUUUAAUCUCAGUAAA